AUGUCACUCUCAUGGGAAACCCAGGCCCAAAAGGCCAAGGACAUUCUCCAACAAUCGAUCCCCAAACAAUGGCUACUCCCCGCACAUAAGCUACCCUCGGCCGACCUGAAGAAUGUGGAGGACUUUCCCCGCAAAAGCGGCCUUCUCUCGGCGAGAGAGCUCAGUAUAACCGACAUGUCUGCCGCUACCCUAGUGCAGAACAUGGGGGCUGGAAAGCUCACGGCAGAGGAGGUGGUCGUGGCUUUCAUCAAGCGAUCCGUAUUGGGCCAUCAACUGCUUAACUUCGCCACAGAGUUCCUAACCGACCGAGCAAUUGGGCGAGCCAAGGAAUUAGAUGAGUAUUACAGGCGAACCGGAAAGCUAGUUGGGCCUUUGCAUGGUGUCCCGAUAAGCGUCAAGGAGCAUGUUGGGGUCAAGGGCCUCACAUGUAAUGCCGGCUAUGUGGCCUGGGUGGACGAUGUUGCUACAGAAGACGCCCUCAUACUACAAUGUCUCGAAAAGGCUGGCGCCGUCUUCCAUGUACGAACCAACCAGCCGCAAUCUCUCAUGCACCUCUGCUGCAGCAAUAACCUCACCGGAAAGACGCUAAACCCUUACAACCGCACGCUCAGUGCUGGGGGUUCCUCAGGUGGUGAAGGCGCUUCGACCGGCUUCAAAUGCGCUCCCCUAGGUAUCGGCACAGACAUUGGAGGCUCAAUCCGAUGCCCCGCUGCAUUCUGUGGCUCCUAUGGGUUCCGCCCAACAGCCCUUCGCAACCCAAUGUCAGGUGCAAAGGCACCCAAGGACGGUCACGAAUCCAUUCGCGGCGUAAUCGGGCCUCUUGCUAGCCAGAGCGUGGAAGACAUGGACCUCUUCCAGCAGGCCAUCAUCGACCAAGAGCCCUGGAAUAUCGAGACGUCCUUGGCUCCGGUCCCAUGGAAGAGGGCCAAGCCUACCAAAGGCAUGACUGUAGCCAUCAUGUGGGAUGACGGAGUCGUCCGCCCCCAUCCCCCCGUAACCCGGGCCCUCAAACACGCCAAAGCCAAGCUCCAAGCAGCGGGCAUCAAGGUCAUCGACUGGGAACCAUACAAGCACAAGCACGGCUGGGACAUCAUCUCCGCCAUGUACUUCCCCGACGGAGCCCUCAGCCAGCGCAAACUCAUCGCCCAAACGGGCGAACCCAUUCUUCCUCUGACAGCCUGGGCCUUCAACUACAGCAGUCCUACCCCCCUCACCAUGGCCGAAUCCUGGGAACUAAAUGUCCAGCGCGACGUAUACCGAGACGAAUACCACGCCUUGAUGAAAUCCAGAGGCGUGGACUUCAUCCUCUGUCCCGCAUACGCGGGCGUUGCCUCCGUUCUCGGCGAAUCCCACUACUGGAACUACACGGCUGUCUGGAAUAUCUUGGACCAGCCGGCCGUAGUAUUCCCAUCUGGUCUGAGCGUGAAUCCGCAGCUGGAUCAGUUGACCAGCGAGCAUAAGUCAUAUAAGCCUCGAGACGAAGUUGAUCAGCGCGAAUGGAGCAAGUAUACCGGUCCGGAACGGUACGAAGGUGCGCCCAUUGCGUUGCAGUUGGUCGGAAAGCAUUUCAAGGAUGAGGAAACUCUGGCUGCUGGUGCGUUGGUUGAUGGUAUUCUAAAGGGAGCAGAGCAGACCUCUACUAGAUCUAUGCUCUGA